AUAUUUGUCAGAUGCAGAGUGACAAUGUUGGAUGUGAAGAUGGGACACACUUUGUUCUGUGUGCUGGGAUUAUUCUUGUGGAAUACGCUCCUCCACUCUGUGCAUGCUGAAGAAGACAAAACCAAACCUGUCCUCACUGUGUCUCCAUCCUGGCUGAGUCCUGGAGCCUCAGUAACUCUGAACUGCAGUGUUAAAGAUCCAUCUGCAGGAUGGAGGUUCUUCUGGUAUAAAGCUGUUCCCAAACAAUCAGGCAACUCCUACAGCCAUGAGCUUCUACCUCGCAGCAGCGACGGGACUGAACAGGAUUCCUACGUCGUUCAUGGACAGACACACACAGCAGGAUAUAAGUGCAGAGCUCGAAGAGGAGAUCCAGUGAACUACACUAAAUACAGUGAACCAAAGUUUGUCUGGUCUGGAGAUUUUCAUCCAGCAACAGUCAGAGUGAGUCCUGACAGAGAGCAGUACUUUUCCUCUGAGCCUGUCUCACUGAGCUGUGAGGGAAACUCUUCUAAGUGGAGAGUGAGGAGGUUCACUAAAGCCGGCCAUCUGUCAAACUGUUCUAAGUGGGGAACAAUGACUGGAUCCACAUGCAACAUCAAUGAACUUCCAAACAAAACUGCAGUGUACUGGUGUGAGUCUGAAUCAGGUCAAUUCAGUAACGCGGUCAACAUCACCUCUAACAGUGAGUAA